UUAUUUCGUACUAGCACCUCCUUCUUCUGCCGCCGCUGCGCCUUCUCAUCCUCCCGCGUCACCGCUGCCGCCAUGCCUGGAGGUCUCCUUCUCGGGGACGAGGCUCCCAACUUCGAAGCCAAUACUACCGUCGGCCGCAUCCGUUUCCACGACUAUCUGGGAGACUCAUGGGGCAUCCUCUUCUCCCACCCUCGGGACUUCACCCCCGUGUGCACCACGGAGCUUGGCAGGGCUGCAAAGCUGGCGCCAGAGUUUGCCAAGAGGAACGUUAAGCUGAUCGCCCUGUCAAUAGACAGUGUUGAAGACCAUCUUGCCUGGAGCAAGGACAUCAAUGCUUACAACUGCGAGGAGCCCACAGAAAAGUUACCUUUUCCCAUCAUUGAUGACAGGAACCGGGACCUCGCCAUCCUCUUGGGCAUGCUGGACCCGGCCGAGAAGGACGAGAAGGGCAUGCCCGUGACGGCGCGCGUGGUGUUCAUCUUUGGCCCUGACAAGAAACUGAAGCUGUCCAUCCUCUACCCAGCAACCACGGGCAGGAACUUUGAUGAGAUCCUCAGAGUAGUUCUCUCUCUCCAGCUGACAGCGGAGAAGAGGGUCGCCACCCCCGUUGACUGGAAGGUCGGAGACAGCGUGAUGGUCCUUCCCACCAUCCCAGAAGAGGAAGCCAAGAAACUUUUCCCUAAAGGAGUCUUCACCAAAGAGCUCCCGUCUGGCAAGAAAUACCUGCGCUACACGCCCCAGCCGUAGGUUUCCAGGAGCGGGCGCUGGAGCCCGAGGGUACCAGCCGCCCAUCCUGUGUCCCGCGGCCUUUAGGUUACUGGCUUAAUUAAAUGAAAAUGUCACUAGAAACCCUGCGGGAUUCUCUGCUUCGUGCCUUCCCCCGCAUUCUGUUCUGUUCACGGUCCUCAGCGCGCUCUCCUGGCUCUCUCCGAAAUACAGUCUGUGUGUGAGGCUCAGGUCGUGUUGGAUCCUUGCGGGGUUUGUGAUUGACAAGGUAGGAUCCAUCCUGGAAUGACCAACUGUUUUGGGUUUUUUUUAGCUGUUCUAAUCAAAUCCUGUCUUCCUUUACACAUGCUGGGGAGCUGCUCAACCUGAGGUCCCAUUUCCUCUGUCGAUCUCAAGUAUAUAACCCUGCAAGUUAGAGUAACCAGAUUUCUUCAAUAUUCAGGGUUUUGGUCACGGCUUAGAGAAAAAACUUUCCAAUUCUGUACUUUUUCAGUAGAUAACUGACGUGGGGUCAGCAGGGGGAGGGAUCCGUAAGUAUUUUGCUAAGAAACUUCCUAUCAAAAGAGGGAAGCGAUGGAAAAGGCUCCACUUACCUGCACGGCUGUUACAGGUGUGUGAACAGAGCGGUAGUGCCACGUGCCUUUCACAGCAAGUGUUCCCGGGGGUCAGUCGCUCCGCUCUGUGGACGCAGAAGGGGCUCGCCCUUGGAAGGGAGGAGAGGAUGACCGAAAAUAUUUGUUCCUAGAACGCUUCCUGAUGGGUGUGGAGUGGUACAUUGUGAAUUUCGCUUUUUGGGGAUCUAGCAAAUAAAUCCUUUGUAAAAACUGGA